AUGAAACGCAUUUCUGAUUCCUGGUUGAAUGCGACCCAGAUUCUGAAAGUCGCUGGUGUCGUCAAGGCCAGACGCACCAAGACGCUGGAGAAGGAGAUCGCUGCUGGCGAACACGAGAAAGUUCAGGGAGGCUACGGCAAGUACCAGGGCACCUGGGUGAACUUCCAAAGAGGUGUAGAGCUGUGUCGGGAAUAUCACGUUGAAGACUUGCUCAGACCACUCCUCGAAUACGAUAACGACGGGUCUGGCAAUUCGGGACAGGGCUCACUCGAGACCCCUACAAAGGAGCAAGCCAUGGCUCUUCAGCGAAAGCGCCUGUACAAUGCCGAAUCCAGAGGCGUUGGCCAACCUCCCCAGGGCACUUUCUUCCAAAACAUCUCUCGCACCGCCGCCAGUGCCGUGAAUGCGAUCAGCAAGGCCCGCUUUGAUUCCCCUUCAGCAAGAGGCGCCGACGGCCGGCAGUCCAGCGGGAUGAGAAAGCCAUCUCAUCAGAUGAGCAGCCAGGAAUCUCACGGCCUCUCAAACGGCCUCCCAAACAGCCAGAGCACGCACAGCAUGACGUCGGAUAGUGGGUUUGCAAGCCAUGCUCUAAAUAGUGGUCACCUCACUGGUCACGAUCCUUCUGGACUUGAUCAGGAAGACUCCGCGGAGCCGCCGCGCAAACGGGUCCGAUCUUCUUCGAAUCAAGGACGUUCUUUCGGGGCAGACAGUACGCUCUCCGAACCACCGCCAACCGAGCCAAAUGACUCCUUCUAUCAGCACAUUGAGGGGCCGGUGUCUGCCGUGGAUGGAACAAAGCGCGGUCUCGAGCCGCUUCCUCCGGCCACUACUCCGGAAAGAUUCCAGAAGAUGAAGUUGAUCAUGACGCUAUUCCUCGAUAAACGCACCAAGGACUUCUCGAAUCACCCUGCGCUUGUGCAGUUGUCCGGUGAAGAUCUUGAGAUUCCGUUGGACGAAUAUCGCAACAGCGCUUUGCACUGGGCAGCGAUGCUCGCACGGUUGCCCUUGGUUUAUGCCCUUGUUGAGAGAGGUGUCAGUAUUUUUCGUGUGAAUCUGGCCGGUGAGACGGCUCUUCAGAAGGCUGUGGGGACGAGGAAUAAUCUCGACUACCGGAGUUUCCCAAAGCUGUUGCAAGUGCUGGCCCCAACCAUCGACAUGGUUGACAAUAGCGGGCGUAGUAUACUUCACCAUAUUGCAGUCAUGGCCGCGACCGGCGGUGGAGGGCAUGUGUCGGCGAAGCACUACCUGGAGUCGCUGUUGGAGUUUAUUGUUCGUCAUGGAGGCACCCCCGCCAGUCUCCCCAAUGGUGUGAAUGGCAACGGGGAAGGACCAAAGUAUGAAAUCAUUGGAUUGGGCAAAUUCAUUUCCGAGAUUGUCAACCUGCGAGACGACCAGGGUGACACGGCGCUGAAUUUGGCUGGACGUGCGCGGUCGGUGCUUGUCCCUCAGCUCCUUGAGCUUGGAGCCGAUCCAUACAUUCCUAACCAUACUGGUCUUCGUCCCGCCGACUACGGUGUGGGUGUUGACAUGGUGAAUGAAAGCUCUCAGCCACAGCAGAACGGGAAGAAAGAUUCAUUCAUCGACCAACUCGCUAAAACGAAGAAGGAGAUCCUAGACGCAACCCUGUCGCAGAUAGGAGCUCUGGUGGAGGAAACUCUCGGAGGGAUUGACAGGGAUCUAACAUCCGAGUUGAGCAAGAAGCAGGCGGAAUUUGAUCACUGGCACGCGAAGAUCCGUGAAAGUGCGAGAGCCAGGCAGAUCGAGCAGAACCAACUUGACGAGUUGAAGCGGAAGAAGGCCGAGCGCGCGGAGCUGGACAGGAGGAUCAAGAAUCUAGAGCGAGAUUCUGAAGAGCUGCUGGCCACGCUGAAGGGGAUGCAUGGAGAGUCUUUUGACGAAUCAAAACUGGCUGUCAUCGGCGACGCUGACAAGGAUUCUGGGGUUGAUGUGACGGAAUUUGACAACCUCUUCCCCGAGUCAUUCGACCCUUCGGCUGGAAUGACAUCCGAGCAGACUGCGUUCCUCUCCGCCUUGCCGUCGGUGGCCGUCUUGGAAUCGCGCCUCAAGUGUUAUCAGGAGCACAACCGCGAGGUUUUGGAGGAGGUGGAGCGUCUCAAGUCUCGGAACGUUGUGCUGGGGGAGAACUACCGUCGUGUGGUGAUGGCUUGCACGGGAUGGACAGCCGAACAGGUGGAUGAAGCGGCGGAAGGCUUGACCGAGUGUGUGAAGGAAUUGAACGACAACCCUGUUCCGGAAGACGAGGCGAUCGAGAUUCUGAUGAGAGACCGCGGGCAGGAUUGGUAG